AUGCAUCCCCACGAGAAGCACCAGCCCUAUGAGCCUGCCCUGGAUAAGCGAGAUGAUGCUCGACGAUCUCCAACCCGGCGCGUGAGCCUUCUGUUUGGCCUCCUGGCCUUGGUCGGCCUCAGCGCACUAUUCCGACUGCCUCACCACUGCCAUCAUGCCUUCUCCAAGGCGCUUCUUCCUCAGAAGCCGCUCACAGUCGAGGACAGGGUCAAGGACAUCCUCACCUCGACUCCGUUGAUCGAUGGCCACAACGACUUGCCUAUCCUAAUUCGGGCCAUCUAUGGCAACCGCAUAUACAAUGAAUCUUUCCGGGAGCCUUUUGAGGAUGGCAGAACUCCUGGUCACGUCGACCUGGUUCGGCUCCGAAAAGGCAUGAAUGGCGGUGCCUUCUGGUCUGUUUACUGGCUCUGUCCUGAUACGAUGCUCGACUUUAGUGAUGAGAUCUACGAUCCCAUUGUAAAGGAGACCAUUCAACAGAUUGAUCUUGUGACCAGGCUGCAAGAACUAUACCCGGCCCAGUUCUCAACCAAGGUGAACAGCAGCACUGCCGAAGCCGCCUUCAACAACGGCCAGCUCAUCUCGCCGCUCGGCGUCGAGGGCCUGCACCAGAUCGGCAACUCGGCCGCAAACCUGCGUCGUUUCUACGACCUGGGCGUCCGCUACGCCACGCUGACACACAACUGCCCCAACCGGUACGCCGACUCGGCACUGUGGUCCAACCCCUCGCGGUCAGCGCCCCCGUACUGGGGCGGCGUGUCCCAGGACGGCAAGGCCCUGAUCCGCGAGAUGAACCGCAUCGGCAUGAUCGUGGACCUCAGCCACACCUCGGCCGACACGCAGCGGCACGUCCUCGGCGGCGGCAAGGACGGCUGGGAGGGCAGCCUCGCCCCCGUCAUGUACAGCCACUCCUCGGCGUACAGCAUCUGCCCCCACCCCCGCAACGUGCACGACGACGUGCUCCAGCUGGUCAAGGAGCGCAACGGCGUCGUCAUGGUCAAUUUCGCCCCGGACUUUAUCUCGUGCGUCGAGGCGGACAACGAGAACGGCCUGCCGGACUUCUACCCGCCCAACUCGACCCUGGCUCACGUCGCAAAGCACGUCAUGUAUAUCGGCAACCUGAUCGGGUUCGACCACGUCGGCUUCGGGAGCGACUUUGACGGCAUCCCGAGCACCCCCGAGGGCCUGGGCGACGUUUCCAAGUAUCCAGACCUUGUCGCCGAGCUGCUGAGGCAGGGUGUCAGCGAUGAGGAUGCUGCCAAGGUGGUCGGGGGCAACAUCCUGCGCGUCUGGAAGGCUGUGGACGAGGUUGCUCUUGACUUGCAGGCCAAGGGGACGCCGCCCUUGGAAGACGAGUUGCCGAGGUUGAUGUUCGAGUCCACCUCGGAAUUCCAGGAGAAGUUCUAG